AGGUGGCGCAGGGACGGUUUAUCAGUUCUCAUAAGUUCUGGUCUGUUUUUUGGGUUGGACAGCGGCGCUGUGGCGCCCCUCUUUAUCGCGCGUCUCUUCGGCAGGGCAGCAGUAGUUUAGAUGAGUGUCAGAAAGACAGCUGGAUUAAGAAAGAGAGAGGGUGUGAGUGUGAACCGAGCUCCUGCAUGAAAACCAUCCAGACUCGCUCCUCGCCGUCGUGCACUUGCUCGCCUCCGCGGCCGCCGCGCAGCUCAUUUCCUGGGUCGGGCAGUUUGGAGUGGACUCGCUUCUCCGCUCCACACACGUGUGUGGUUUUUCUUCUCCUCCAAAGCGCUGCUGACCACGGCUCUGAGACUCUGAGGGGGCUGGACUGGACUAGUACGGACUCUUCACCUCUCGGCACCAUGAGCUCCUUCCAAGAGGUGUGAACAGCGAAUCUCUCUCCAGCAACAUGGAUGGAUCGACGAACAGCCUCGAUGAUGUGUCGGCUGGGAGCAGUGCAGAGUUUCCAGACAGGCUCUCUCUAAUGGAGGUGCGGCUGCAGGCGCAAGAAGAUGAGAUCACGCUGCUCAAGUCUUCAUUGGCCGAUGCGUUACGCAAGCUCCGCCUCCACGACCAGCAGAUUCCACUACUUAAGCAGCAGCUAAUUGCUGUGAACCCUGGUGCAGCUCGAGUGUUGAAUCAGUCUUUUUCCGUCGAUGGAUUCUCCAAACCCUGUAGGCUCUCAACCAGCUCUCUGGACGGUCUGCAUCACCCAGUCAACAGCCAUGUCUCAAACUCAACUGAGAAUGGGGAGGGCAGUAGAGCCCACUCCGUGCCCAGCCUGAAAGCAGGCACUAGUGAAAGGUCGACACAAACUGACCCCUGGACCCCUGAGUCUGUGAGGACGCCACUGGCCGCUUCCAAGAGCCUCUGUCUGGAGGAUGCACUUCCAGAAGGAGUUUCCCUGAUGGAGGAGGCGCUGAAUAAGCUCCACCAGGAGACGCAGGAAGAAGAGAACAACGAAGAUGAGCGAGAGAAGGACAGAAGCUGGCGCUCUGUGGUGGAGGAGCCCAUCCAGCCCACCAGUAUCAGAACUCUUCAGCAGCAGCAGAGCAAAAGCAGUGAAGAAAGCCAAGGCUCAGCCCCACAAACACCAACCUCCAGCUCUCCAGCGCCCCCUAAAGAGCCUUCCAGCAGCCCCCACACUGGACCUCUGUCCCCCAUUAUGGAGGGCGAGAAGACACUGAUGCGGAGAAAUAGUGAGAAACUAAGCAAGGACACCCAGGACAAGACCAAACAGAGAAUGCCUAAGAAAGCAGCAUCCUCCACCAAUCUGCUCACCCGUUCCCCAAGCCUGGAGGGCCGAGCUAAAGACCUUCUUGCAAGCACAGGAACACAGGGGUCCAGGAGAGGAACACAAGGUCAAUCAAUCAAAAUGUUCAUCCGUGGACGGCCAAUCACCAUGUAUGUUCCCUCAAACAUCCAGAACUAUGAUGAACUAAAGAUGGACCUUCCCUCAGAGAAACUGGAACUGGAUUGGGUCUAUGGCUACCGAGGACGUGACUGUAGGGGGAACUUGUACAUGCUACCCUCAGGAGAGGCGGUGUAUUUCAUAGCCUGUGUGGUUGUUCUUUACCACGUCACUAAACAAACGCAACGGCAUUACCGUAAACACACAGACUGUGUACGAUGUCUAGCAAUUCAUCCAGGCAAGGUGCUCAUAGCGUCCGGACAGACAGCAGGUGUGGAUAAGGAUGGCAAGCCUUUACAGCCGUUUGUCCACAUCUGGGACUCCACUACACUAGUCACCCUGCAGCAGAUUGGUCUUGGCACAUUUGAGCGAGGUGUCGGAUCUGUGGCCUUUUCAAAUGCGGAUGCUGGGGCGUUUCUGUGCGUGAUCGAUGACUCCAAUGAGCACAUGCUGUCUGUCUGGGACUGGAACAAAAACACCAAAGUUGUUGAAGUGAAGAGCACUAAUGAGACAGUGUUCGCUGUGGAGUUCAACCCUGCAGACACUAAUAACAUUAUCACCUGUGGGAAAUCUCACGUUUACUUCUGGACCCUGAGUGCUGGGACACUGACCAAGAAGCAGGGCAUCUUUGGAAAAUACAAGAAGCCCAAGUUCAUCAUGUGUUUUGUGUUCAGUUUAACGGGAGAUGUGCUAACAGGUGAUUCUGAAGGAAACAUCCUCACAUGGGGAAAGUCAGCAGCAGACAUCAAGACAUUAGGCAAAGGAGCAAAAGAGACGUUUCAGAUCAUGAAGCAGACGCGCGCUCAUGAGGGCAGUGUCUUCACCCUCUGCGUCCUGCAGGGUGGUGCUCUGCUCAGCGGCGGCGGCAAAGACCGCAGAAUCAUCCGCUGGAGCGCAGAUCUGGCGCCCGAGAGAGAGUGUGAGAUUCCAGAGAAAUUCGGAGCGGUCCGUACCAUUGCGGAUGUGGACGGUGAGGAAUUGCUGGUUGGAACGACCCGGAAUGCGAUUCUCCGAGGCACGUUUUCAGACGGGUUUGUGGCCACCGUGCAGGGUCAUGUAGAUGAGAUGUGGGGUCUGGCCACACACCCCUUCCAGAACAUCUUCCUCACAUGUGGGAAUGAUAAACAAGUGUGUGUGUGGAAUGCUGAAGAGCACAGUCUGAGCUGGUGCACCACACUGGAGGAGUCGGGUCUGUGUGCUGAUUUCAGUCCCAAUGGAGCUGUUGUUUCUGUUGGACUGAGCACUGGAAGGUGGCUGGUGAUGGACCUACAGACCAGAGAGGUGGUGUCCGACUUAAUUGAUGGCAAUGAGCAGCUAUCAGUCAUCAGAUACUCGCCAGAUGGCAGCUUUGUGGCUGUUGGUUCCCAUGACAACUUCAUUUACAUUUACAGCGUGACAGAGGGGGGGCGACGCUACACACGUUUCGGAAAGUGCACGGGACAUUCCAGUUUUAUCACCCAUCUAGAUUGGUCCAAAGAUGGGAAAUAUAUAAUGUCCAAUUCUGGCGAUUACGAAAUCCUUUACUGGGAUGUGGCCGGAGGUUGUAAAUUGUUGCGAAAUCGUUACGAGAGUAAGGAUCGUGAAUGGGCCUCUUAUACGUGUGUGCUGGGCUUCCAUGUGAUGGGUGUGUGGCUAGAGGGCUCAGAUGGGACAGACAUCAACGCUCUGUGUCGCUCUCACAGUGAGCGAGUGGUGGCAGUGGCUGAUGACUUCUGCAAAGUUCACUUAUUCCAGUAUCCAUGCCCUAAACCAAAGGCACCUAGUCACAGGUAUGAGGGUCAUGGCAGUCAUGUGACCAACGUACGCUUCACACACAGUGACAGCCACCUCCUGUCGCUGGGUGGAAAGGACACAUGCAUCCUCCAAUGGCGAGUUAAGAGGAGCGGAGCUGCAGACAACAAGGACCACCCAAACUUUUCUCUUCCUCCCUCCACUUCCACCAGCUUCUCAGACCCUGGGAACCAGAGAGAGAAAGAGCUGGGAUGAACAGAGAGAGAAAGAUGAAGAGAUGGAUAAAACAGAGAGAAUAUCAUAUCGCACAACCUAGUUAUAAUUCAGCAUUAGGACGACUGUGCU